GGGCGGGCUCGGGGAGGGAGCGCGGGGCUGCGAGCGGCCGCCGCCCGCUGCGCUGAGGUGAGUGCGGGGCGGGGGUCCCCGCGGCGGGGCGGGGGUGGGUGGGUGGGCAGCUCCUCAGCCGUUGUCCUUUUGUUCCGGCGGGCGGGCAGCCCGCUCGGGGCGGGGGCCGCCGUCCCUGGCGAUCGGCUCCGAUUAGCCUGAGGCCGGCCGGGUAGUACGCUUUUCUCCGGUGCCGGCUGCGCCCGACGCGGGCGGUGCGGAGGGGAGCGGGCGGACUCUUUCGGGCCGGGCCGGGCCGGCAGCGCGGCGCUCGGGGUUUCUCAAGUUGUGGUGCGAGGCUUUCCAGGUGUCUUGCCUAGAGCUGCUUGCCUGCUUUCUUUGCAAGGUAUCUUGUUUACCUGCCUUUAUCCUUUCUAUUUUUGGAGAGGCUUAUUCUCUCUUCAGAGACUUACUUGCCAUCUUUGAGUACCUGAGUAAAUUCAGGGCUCUCUUAGGGGUUUACAUUUGUCAAAAGAUGAUACACCACUGUCCUAUCUCUUCUUUUGUCCCUUUGUACUUUUGAGACUUUCUUUUAGGAUAAGCUCCUGUGGCUAUGCUACUGAUACUGUGCAUUGUUCCUCUGUGUGAUACUGCCGAAGGUUUUUGCUACCUGUGCUGUGAUGUUUCUUAGGUGUCCUGUACCGUAGCACUCUGGCCAUCUCUUUCAAGCUUUUCUAGCAGAAUUUUUCAAAGCUGUUUCUUUGAAAGUAUGCCUAAGUGGUAACAAGGAGGAGCAAUACAAGUUAUGGGAGAUGCUGGUUUCCAUACAGAAUAGAACUCUCAGAAGUGCACAGUUUAUCUGGCAGCAUCAGGAUAUCUAGUGUAUUUUGCAGCGUGCUUGUUGUGAACUGACAGCCAAAGACCUUUUGUUCUGUGUUUUGGAAAAUUUCAGGCCCAGAACUCUAGUGUUGACUUAGUCAAAACACUGCUCAGACAAAAACAUGUUCAGACAAGAUCUGUAUAUAGCUGCUACUCUGAAAGCCUUGGUGUCCCUUCGUAUAUUAAGUUUUUCAGACUUAAUAAAGAGAUGUCCCGUGUUCUGUGUUGCUUGGAGGAUCAAAGGCUUAAGAAACAUUAUGAUACUUCAAAUUUUGAGAGCUAUUUGCCCUAGCACCUAUUUGCAUGGAAUAUCUUUCGCAUAAUUUUUCUGAUAUUUACAAACAAAAUGGGCAAAAGCUUAGAUUUUCUUAGAGUAAUUUGUCUAUUCUGUUUGAUUUUUGUCCUCUAAAUUCUGAAAUCCUUACUGAUGACUUUAAUUAUAAACAAGACGUUCUGUCAUGCUGGUGAUAAGUCUAAAUCUGCCUUGGGACGAUUGCCUCUUCCCUAACGUGAUGUCAGUGGAAAGCCUGAAAAUGCUGCAAUACAGCGGAUUUCUUUCUCAGCUAGAAAAGUAAUGUUUAUUAUCAGUGGCUUAUUAGAUUUUUAGUAUCAUGGAAAUUCAUUUUGUGUCAUGUAGUACGCAGUGAUCCUUCCAUUAAAUGCCCUGGCUCUUUGUGGUUAUGAGCAAAAUCAGCAGAGCAUCUGAGUGUGUUCAUAACUUGUGCAUGUGGAGGCAUAUUUUGAUGAACCUAUACCUUGAUCAGCUGUAAAGGUCGCUUCCUACUUUCCACUGCUGGAAAUAUGUGUUAUAUGCAAUGAAAUGAAGGUAUUCGUUAUAUGCAGUUUUUGCACUAGGAGAGACAUGCUGUUUGAAAAGAGGUAUUUCUGUUCUGUUCUGUUUCCCUGGCCCCAGCUCUGGUAUAUAAUUACAGUAAUAGCCAAAAAUGUCUGGAAAGAAUCUAGCUUGAGGAUAACCAUCUCUCUUCUCUCAGGUGUUUGCAAUUUGUGUUCACUUUUGAAAGCAAACGUUUACUUUUAUCAGUUGGGUCUUUACUGGAAUAAUACAAAAGGAAUCACUGCCAUCUUAAUUUUUUUCAUCAGUAUCUUCUGUUUUGCUUAAUUGUUGAUUGUACAUUGUUUUCCUAAUACACGUUCCCACCUCGCUGUAUGAAGAAUGCCUCAUUUAUUGAGACAGGAUUAUCUUGCUCAGUGGGUUUUAUGAACAUGUCAUUUCUGAUGUCAGAUGAUUUAUCUUUUCAUUGGCAGGCUAAUAAAUUGCUUCAAUUGUUUCAAUUUUGUUUUUACUUCUUCGAGUGUGCAAGUGUCUUACAAAUGCUGUUGCUAGGAUGAAGGGCACAGAUUCUCCCCCACCCUGCAUCCCCAUUAAGCUAAUGCAUCAUCCCUUAUAUUCGGUGGCAGAUGACACUGUAGUAUGUGCUUUUGGCAUGUGUACUCAGCCUAGGAAAGUGAUACCACAGCUAUAGUCUGAUUCAGAGCUUUAGCAUCAGCUUCAAAAUGAAAUGGCAUAAAUCUCAAGUGUUAUUCUCUUCACACUGUGAACCUACAACAGGCUCGUUCCCUGUAUGACCUUAAUUCAUUGCCCAAGAAGGAAAACUGCUCCUUGUGCCUUUGCUUUCCUGUCAGAGGGUUCCCUCUGCUCAUCAUUAGCUGUCCUACAGGAGCGAUGUUUGUCGUGACCUGGUGUCCUCAGUGGGAAGGGAGCAGAUUAGUCACUGCUCAGGUUGGAGCCAACUUCUAAAGGCUGACCUUACAGCUGCCACAUGACACUGCAGAGCUUAAAAAAUAACAGUUAUUUUUUUCUUCUUUUGGCUAUGUAUGUAGAUUGUUUUAAUUUGGGGCUGAGGAGGAAGCAGAAGUUCUAAAUUCUACUUGUUCUAUGUAUUAUGAAUCUGACAUAUGUCAUGUUGAUGCUGUCUGAAAUCUUGUGUAUGUUGAGAUUUGAGGUAUGAAGAAUCUAUUCUUGCCUUUUUUAGAAAAAACAAAACCCCAAACAAAAACACAAGCAUCCAAAGAAAAUAAAGCUAGUGUGUUCAAAAGGCUUUAGCAGACAAAUCAUGUUGAAGUGUGGCUGUGACAGCCUGAUAUUUCUCCUGCUGUAGUGGCGGAGACUGCAACCACUCCACUGCUGAUCCAAGAGGAGAGAAUGUGUGCUUAUAUCUCAUGCAGUUCUCUUGAUAGUUUGACUUCUUAGCUCAGCCUUAUCUUCUUUCCCUUCUUUUAAACUGAGGUUCAGGACCUUUUGGUUUUGUGAUGACAACGAAGACACAAGUCCUAAAUGGAAGAGGGGGCUUUCACAGGCAAAACUUUUCCCUUAAUUUUUUCUUUUUUUAAUUGGGUUGUGUUAGAGGGUAUUUACAGGGUAGCUAAGAAGGGAUAUAAGAUAUACUAUUUUUAAGUGCUACGUUUAGUCUAAGCAUUGUAGUAAAUUUAGCCUCCAGCAUAACUCAUCAAAUUUAAUUAAAAUAACUUCGCUAAUAAGUAUGAUGACUAUCUCUUAAAUACUUUUGGUUGAAAUUUUAAGUAUCUCAGGUGACCAAAAUGAGAGAAAUUGCUUGGUAAAUAUUUGAGUUUGGUUUGCUUGAAGGGGCAGCUCACUUUUUGCAACAGAUUUUCAUCAGCAGACACAGACAGAAAAUUAUGUUUUAGUUUAGUUUGUCUUUUUUUUUUUUUUCCCUUCAAAAUAAGAAACUAUGAAAAAGCUUGUUUUCCUCUUGCAAAGUGUAGGAGAUGAAAUGUGCUGUUAAGAUCAACGAGUUCUCUUAAGGAUGUGAUGUCCAGAAAUGAUGAGCUCAGUUCAAGAGCUGAAGAUAAUACUACUUUUGUUAACAGGAGAAAACAAAAACGAAUGUAGUUUUUAAUGCAGAACAUACUAGAAGCAUGUGUAUCCAAAAUGUUUAUUGUAGUUUUAUAAUUAACGUUGUCUAAGUAUUGUCUAAAUUUUGUAUAAUUUGGAUUUGUGUAAAUGAAAAUACAGUUUCCUUUGAAACCAGCUUGACACACUUGUGAGUUUGCAAGAUAAUCCUCAAAUGUAAUACUUUACAGUAUUGCAACUUUUUUUUCCCCCCCAUCCCUGGCAACCACUGUGACAUUGGAUUUGACUGGUGGCAGUGGUACCUUCUUAUUCAAGGCUGGCUCUUGUAAUGCUGAAGCUUCCAUGCCAGGGAUGCAUGCUGUGUGUGUCAGUGGUGCCUAUACAGCAGUUCAGAAAAUAGGAAGUAGGCUGUUUACUGUUCUUUAACACCAAGUAUGAAAAUAAUCUGGAUAAGUGUAUAUUUAAGUUAUGCGAUUACUUAAAUGUGAAUGCAUUAUGGCACUCCAGAUUGUAAAAAGAGAAGUAUCAAAUGUGGGGUUGCUGUAUUAUGUACUUGUAAAUCGACAUCAGUUUAAGGUUAGUAUCUGGUAGUUGACUAUCACACAAGGAGUAGAAAUGCAGAAUCGAAAUUAUAUAUCUAAAUCAAAUCUCCUUUCUUGAUGAUGGAGAUAGAAACCACACUUGGUUACUGUAAAUCAUUUUGAAUUAACAUGGCCCGUGUGCCUGUCUUCCUGCAGUGAGCCUCAGGAGAAGUAUUUUGACACAUGAUAUGUUUCACCAAAUGCUAAUGGUUAUUCUUAUAUAUGAGAACAAAAAGCAGAAUGUUGGUUAUGGCAUUUCCUGUGAAUCCAAAACAGAUAGCUUUUGAAGCAAGGUCAUAGAAUUAUAGAAUCACAGAAUCACAAGGUUGGAAAGGACCUACAAGAUCAUCUAGUCCAGCCCUCCUCCCAUUACCAUUGCUACCAAUGGUAGUAAAGAUGGACACAGACAGGGAAAUAUCAGAUAAAUUAAUGAUAGGUUCAUAGCUUACAGACGGGAUGUCUGCAAUGGCAUGUUCCUGUUUCUUAUUCUGAUGCUGUCUUCCCCUUCAGUAUUGGAGAAGGUUCUCCAUCUGUGCUCCAUGGGGAAGGUCCAUGGCCCAGCUGAACAGAUCUAUCUUGCUGUUUCUUAGACUGCACAUAAGUCUUGUGGGUCCUGCCUGCUCCUUUGCCUCAGCUCUGACGCUCAUUUGAACUUUCAGUGAGUUGUUUCAGCUCAGAGAAUAGUCCUCGCUUUUGUUGUUGUUUCAGUACUUAUUUUCUGUUGGUUUAAUAAGCAGAGUCUGCAUAAGGAGAAGUCAGACAGGCACCAGGCAGUGAACAGAGGAACCAAGGUUGACCGGAGCUAGGAAACAGGAAUAGGUCAUGGGGGUGUUGGAGAUUAAGAAGUCUUUCUGUUGCAUUGGCUGCUUUGAACAUUUUACUUUCCUUGUAGGCCUGUGUGUUUAGUUUCCACAUCUGGUAAAACAGGAGUCAUACUCGCCUAUCUUAGAAAGCUACUAAAAAAUGUUAUAAUGCAUACCUGCCUUCAAGGCAAGAUACCACUCUGCAAGUAGUGAGAAAGGGCUUAUAGAAGCAAUCCUGCCUUGCUUUAUACUAACUGUCCUACUUGUGCCAUAAAACUUUCUCUCUUAAGAGAUAAGGUAUUAUAAAGGCAUUAAAUUGCCAUCGAUAACAGUGUCACGUGCCAGCUGUGCGGUCGCCUAAGGAUGGAGAGCUCCAGUAUGUGUAAACGGGUGGAUCCCCAUAGAUACGAAACAUCAGUAGCUGUCACUGCCAAAUAAUAAAAUUGCUUCCAAAUAAAAUGCUUCUUGAAAAUGUUGUGGAAUUUGAUGUGGAUUUAGGAGAGAGCUCUUAAAAUACAAAUAAUGAAAGUGUAAAAAAUGGGAUCUGUUGAGAUUAAUUAAAGUGCAGCAAUAGAAUAAACUAAGAAUUCCAAAAAAAGAAAAGCCAAAGAUACUGUCACUUUGUUGUGAAGUGCUGGGAAAAAUCAUGAUUAAAGGUAAUGGCAAGGCCUUAUUUGCUCUCAGAGCAAAAUGUCCUAGUUCCUUGACAUCGAGGCAGAGCAGUGUUUUACUGAGAAUGCUUUUCUUCUGUUGGUGAAGAAUGAUGAAGCUCUCUGAGUAUUAAUGAUGCUGUGGGAAGAGCAGGGCUCGCUGCUUAAAUCAUUGAAGGUUGCUAUGAGAAACAGAGUCGUGUUCCCAUAGGGCAUACCAAUGUAGUUAUAGAAGCUUCCUUUGAAAAUUGAUAAAGCUUCAGUUAUUUCUAGCUGCACUUUAGAGCAAAUCAAACAGUAAUAAUUGUUGAACAGAGCUGACCUGUGUGGAUCCCGAUUUUAUUUGCAAUGGCAUGUGGGCUCACAGAAGAUAGAGCUGGAGUUUGCUUUCUAGUUUGUUAGAGCUCUGGCCAAUUUGGGCACAGUUUUGAGGAGCAGCAAUAAAGGACAUUCGCUGUCAGCGCAGAGCUUGGCUUUUGACCGUUUCAAGGAGAGCAGCAUCUUAUAGUCACAGGAUACAUUGCGUGGGGGGAUGUCACAAAGCCCUAAGUGCUGCGCUAUGCUCUGCUUUAAAGUUUUGAUAAAUGUAAACAUGGGAGCACUGAGUGGCAAUAAUCCCGUGACAUCUGCAUGGCUCUAUGUAAGAAGCAGACGCUGCUAUAGUGUAGAACAUCCCAGUGUAUGUGCUGCCUGUCCCCACGGGAGCCUGGCUGCCUGGCAGGAGAUGCUGCUGGUAAUUGGAUCCCUGCGUUGCUCUGGGAUGUCGGUCUGUGAUCUUGUGGUGUCUGGCUUUAUUCUGCUGUUUGUAUUGCAGGGUUGAUAGGUUAACAAUCCAGUGCAGCGUUUGAGGUUUUAGAAUCACCGAGUAACUAGUUUUAUCCCACAUUUAAUUUAGGUUUUUCAUUCUUUCAAUUGUUAGGAAGGGAAUUUUUGUAUUCCAACGUGGUAAUUUCUGUUCAUCAGCUUUGUUUCCUGCUGUCACGUGGUAGAACAAUAAGUGAAAGAUAAUGUCAUUUUUGUUGGGGUAGAAUUUUCUUAAAAUAUCAUUCCUGAGUUACCUAAUUUCGGAAACUUCGUAUCAGCUUUAUGAAAUACUGAAUAUUGUGUAUUUUUUGUUGAAAUCAUUUUUGUUUUGUGCAUCACUCUACUGCAGCUCACAGCUGUUUGAGACAGAUGCUGAAGUGUUGACAUCAGUGCAAUCUAGUUAGUAUUGUUAACAAGAAAGCAUGUAGUUUUCUCCAAGUAACCUCCUCUUAUUCUAUGCUCUGUAAAUAGUAGUUCAUGGAGAAAUCAUUAGGGUUUCAUAACAGCAUUAGAUACUGAAAUGGUAUACCAUCCUAUGUUCCAUGAAUCUCAGAAGAAACUGGGAUAUGCAAAUCCUCUUAAGCUAUAGAAUUGAACUCCAGAAAGUGUUUUCAUGUAAUUUGUUUUAAUAGACUUUGUGAGCUCAAGGGGACCACUGACACCGUGAGAUUAAGAUACUACCUUGCCAAGCUGCUUAGAAGAGAAAGCAGCGGCAUUUUCCUUAGCAGCUUGCAAGCAGACUUACUGAUGUAUAGAAGAGAAACCCACUGUAAGGAUGUGGCAUUUUACAGAGGGAGCAGUCAAGGUAGUAAUUUGUGUUAGUUCUUUUCUUUCAAGGUUCUUUUCCUUGUUCUGCUUUUCACCAUGUUAUUAUAGACAUACAGAAAAAGAGAGUGUAGUAAGUUCUAUGUUUUAUACAGAUGCGGAGCUACUUUGUGAAGUACUUACUAAAUGGAAAAGCGAUUGUACGGAAAUUAGUUUGCCUAAGUAGAUAGUAAUUCUAAGUGUGAAAGGAAAAAAAAGGCCUCUGAUUUUAAGAUGGCUUUAAAAUUUCAGGUCAAAAUUAUAUUAUUUAUGAAAUGACCUCAUAUUCCUUUUAUCGUUGCUUUUGACUAGAAUUUGCAACUGUGACGGAAUCCUAAGGAAUUUACUGUCAUAUUCAAAAAGAGAAAAGAAAGAAAGUAAUGAAAAAGACCAACCUUUGUGCGUGAGUGUGACCUGUACUUGUCAGAAAAAAACCUAAGUUGUACUUCAUUUACUGAAUGCCAUCAUAUUACUUCCCCGAAUUCCAGUUUUCAUAAUGAAGUAGAAAAAAUGUAUGAAGCUGGCGUUCUUCAGUCGAGUCAGUCUUUUCCCUGGCAGUUUGGAAAAGUUCACCAUGUUGAUCUAAAGAUCACUGUGCUCCUUGGUAAAGGCGGCAGAUUAAACUUGGAAAUGGGAAAGAAAAAAAUCUAAUUGAAGAAUGUCAGUGUUUUUUCUCCCGUGUAAUGUGGAUGGCUUUAUUUUUGUGUCUGUGUGAGUACAUUAGCUCUUCAGGUGUAUGUAUCUUCUGUAUCUGGAAGCUAUAGAUUAGCUGCUGUGAUGAGUCUUCCCUUUGGAUUUCUGUGCUUCAUGGAUUCUGAAACUGAGUGUUAACAGAAAAUCUCGUAAGCAUAGAUUAGAUAAAAAUACUGAAAGGUAUUGAGAGUUUUGGAUUGAAUAAGGGAAAUAAUUGGAUUCAAGGAGUUGGCACAUAACUUCUGUGGGAAAACAAAUGAGAAUUAAUAUUAGCACUAGCUAUAAAGCACUGAGAUAUACUGCUUCUACUUAAAAAAAUGUCUAUCUAUAACAUUUGUUUUCUUUCUUGGUGAAACCUGAGUGUUUGAAAGGAAGGACAUUUUCCAUAGCUUUGAAACUGUGAACAGAAACAAGCGUGAUCUGGUGACUGCAGUUACACAAAUUACAUGAAAUAGGAAUGUCUUGGGAUGUUAAGAAAUGGAUACAUCAAUACAAUUUUAAAUGAAUAAAUUUUAUAUUUAAAAUGAUAUCUGUCAAAGGCUUGCUCUUUGCAGAUUGACAAAGCUGAAUGGGAAGAGUCAGCAUCUCAAUUAAAUUUUGAGUUAAAGGUAAAAACGGAUUUUAUAAACAAAGUUUAGAGUCAUUUUUGGACCAUUUUGUAUCAUAGAGUUGUUUGUACUGCGGUGUACUGUGAUGCCUUAUCCUGGCUUGAAAUUUUUGUUUUAUGAAUCUAAAUGUUUUAUAUGUAUAACAGGAGGAGUUAGCCAGGGUUAAAAGUGAAUCAUAAUUGCAAAGAAUUUACAAUAACAAUAUUUUUUUAGAAUAACAAUAUUUGAACAUGAGGCUGCUGUGCCAGUUCACGAAGGUGUAUUAUAGAAUCACAGACUGGCUCAGGCUGUAAGGACCCUUAAAGCCCACCAAACCUCAGCCCCCUGCCAUGGGCAGGGCUGCCACUCACCAGGUCAGGUUGCCCAGGAGGGCCUCAUCAUGACCUUGAGUGCCUCCAGGGAUGGGGCACCCACAGCUCCUCUUGGGCAGCCAGUGCCUCACCACCCUCUGAAUGAAAAAUUUCCUUCUAAUAUCUAAUCUGAAUGUCCACUCUUAGUUUAAAACCAUUCCCCCUCUGCCUCUUUGGCAGAUACCCAGCAUGGUAUUACCAUGCAUAGGGAAUGCUUGCUCAUUACCGGCCUCCUUGCCUCUGUUUGUAGAGGACCAGUCAACACUUGGCAUAUUAAUAUAGACAGAUCCUCUCAAAACCAUCAUUCACCUCCCUGGGCACAUGUGCACGGCUGAUCUGAUGCCCUCCAAGUCUAGCUAGUGUAAUGACUCACUUCCAUACACAAAUCUUUGCUUUGUUGAGAGCAUUCAUUUAAAGCUCUCAACUUUUAGAAAGGCCUCUAUAACAACUCGCUUCUCAAGGUUGCAAUAAGGCAGUCACUCUUUCAAUCUGUCUUCAAGACACAAUAUUCUUUUAUCACAGACAGCUUUGCACAGACUUCCAGAACCUUAAAGAGAAAAAUGUUGUGCUUGAAACAAAAGUGAACAGGUAUGGGAGAGAGAUAAAGCUUUUCCUUAGCUCUGUGUGUCUUAUGUGAGAGUGUGGAGUAUUCCCUCCUUUGCAUCUAGACCUCCAAGCAAUGCUUUUGCGAGAUGGAUGCAAGUCCUCCUACACAGGCUGAAAUCUUUGGUUGUGGCACAUCUGAGGGACAGGCAGGACUAGAGCUAAGUUCCUGCUCCCCAAACCCAAAGACUGUGAAACCCAACACAGUGUCCUACCCUGCUGCUAUGUGCUGUGCCCACGCUGGUUUGCAGUAGAUGCCCACUGUUUAUCAAAUUUCUGACUGUAAUAUCCGUGCUGUCCAGUAGAAAUAAUAUUUUAUGUGGAGCUCUUCUGAAUUUUGAAAACCAGUGCCUUCUGUUUUCCUCCUUCAUCUCCCCCUCCUUUUUCUGUUUUUUUUUUUGUUGUUUUUAUUUUUAACUUUAAAAAUUAUUUCCAGUGUUGCAGUCUGUGUCACAUACAAGGGUAUACUGGGAUUUUGGGGGAGUAUAGCAAAACUUCAAUGGAUGUUCAUAAGAAAGUAUUAAGAGAGCCCGUGGACAGAUUUUGAAGAUAAUUAGGAGCUAUACAGAGCUGCUGCAGGCUCGAGGGAUGUUUGCAGGCUGCACAGUGUUCCUCAGGGAAAGGAAUUGCGCUGUAAUUACAGGCAAGGUCAGUGCAUUCAGUUCAGUGGAAAAGAGAUGGUAAGAACUGGGGCUCUGCUGAACAUUUUUCAAUGUCAUUAACGAGACUCAGUCGAUUCCACUUUUUAAGUGAGUUUCCCCUGAAAUGUGGAUUGUACAAAUGUUCUCUGUGCUGUGAGGAUUGUGACCCCUUUUUGAGAGAGAAGAUUCAUACCUGUAAGUGAAAGGACUGUAAGUGAAAGGACUUUCUUGUUCAUGCUACAUUUCUUUUCAGCUCUAAGGAUUUUGAAUAUGUGGUUUGGUGUUGUAAUUUUUCACUUUUAAAACAAAGGUAGUUCAUUUUUUCCUCUCUGAAACAGCUCUUUCAACAUCCCUCUGAGGUGUUUCAGCCCACUGCAUGUUAUCUGAAAGCAUGGCAUGUGUCCCAGCCUUUGCUCCAGAACAUUGUGGUGGCCAUCUUAAAUUCACCCCUAGAGAUAAGCUUUUCUUUCUUCCCUUCUGAGGGCAAUACAUUGAGUUCAGAAACUUUCAGCCCAAAUUUUACCCUAGAAAGCAUUCAAGUGGCAAUUCUGUUUGCAAGUUUCCUCCCCUGUUUCUCACUUGUGCUGUACAGCUCCACCACCUUCGCAAUUUUACCAGCACUGCUGAACGCGGGACCGUGCUGGGCCUGCACCAGGAUUGAUUCAGCUGCAAGCCAUAGAGGAGAAGCUUUUGAGUACAGCUUCAGCUGAGAGCCAUGUGGGCUGCUGCGGCACUCAUCUCUCACCCUGCACCCUGUCCAGCAUGGGAGAGCCCUGCUGUGCAUGCGUGUAGUCAGUUGAUAUAAGGCAGCUGGUCGGGUGGAAAUUAGCUGCUGGUUUUGGAGGAUAUGUUUUUGGCUAGAUCGGCUUGCUGAUCUGCCUGGUGGGAAGGGUGCUGGGCUUCUUCUGGUUUCUUUUCCCCGUGAAUGAUGUAACAGCUUGUUCACCUCACUUCUUCUGUAGGCUGGAUUUUAACAAUUUACUGUCUUUCCUAUUUCUAGGCCCCUUCCUUUUCCAAAAUGUAUAAAUUUGGUAGCACCCAAUUAAUAGCUUCUGACAGUUUACUUAAGGACCACUGGUGUUUUUCUUGAAAACAGUUUUCCUGAAGGCACAUUAACGAUGUUACUUUAUUGGAAUAUCAUGUUGAAAUAAGUUCUGUCAAUAUUCACGAUGGAUAUCUGCUGAGCAGCUGCUAAUGUAAGCUUCAUUUCAUUCCAUAUGCCAGCAGAUGUAUUUUCUGUCUCAUUUUCUUAUGAAUGUAUAGCCAUAUAUGACUGACAUUACAGCAUCUCUAUUAAUGCACUGGCAGUUACGAUUGCAGUGGCUGAUAUUAUGCCUUUGCCGCUUGCCUGUUUCUGUGCAGCUCUGCUGGGGUUACUGAUGUCUUUACAUCACAAAUUAGCAUGACUGACUGUCCUGCCCAGGCCAUACAGCUGCUGUGGAGCAGGGGGGGAACUUCUAGAAUUGCAGAAGGAUGAAAUUUAUGGAGAGAGAGCCAUUUAAGAACAAAGGGAACACAAAUUAAGCUUGUUAUAACUUUUUUGUUUUUCUUGGCAUGAAAAACAGCAUUACAGCUUUACUGGUAUUCAUUUAGAAUGAUACCCUCCAAACUGCAUAUUUUUCUGUAAUAUUAAAGAGGGAUGAGAACCUCAAUGACUUGCAGCACAAUGGAAGGUGAAUGAAACAAAGAUAAUUAGAGAUGAGUGAAAGAAAAGAAAAAACAGUACUUGCUCAGAAUUAUAUCUUUUUCCCCAUGGAAUUGGCUUUUUUUCCCCACAAACCAGUUAUCUUAUUUCAGUCCUUUAGGAACUGAGUAGUUAAUUUUGAUUAAAAAAAAAAAAUUGUUCCACUUGAAUAAGAUUACUUAAUUUAUGUUGCUUUGUAAGUUGGACUACAUAAACAAAAAGGUGGUCUGCCUGGCUAGCUUCUAGCUCUGUAGUGUAUAGUUUGUAAUAGAUUGUAUUAUGAGAAGCACCAUUUGCAUAGUAUUUUGUUUAGUAGUAACCUUGAAGGUUAAUCCCAUAACCGCUGUUUGAUAGCUGGCGGGAUCAUCUGCUAUCAGCUUGUGCAGAACCAGUUGUGGUUUGAUCCUUCAGAACAGGUCUCCUUCCCUUACGCCGAGUAUGUUGUGGUCUUCAUUGAUAGAGGUGUGUAUUUUUCCCUUCUUAUAUGGCAGAGGGAGGGAAAACUGCUGUUUCUUUUGACCUCAUGCAAGUUUUAUAGGAAGAAAAUUGCUUAGGCUAAAAAAGCCUGAAAUAUGGUAGCUUGACUUUUCAAAGACUCUGUAGCUUACAGUUCUUUCCAUAAAAUUUUUGCAUGGUCAGGAUCUUGAAAAUGCAGGCUAUUGUGAGUCUUUUUUUUUUUUUUUUUUGGAAGAGAAUUAAUAAUUUAGAAUACUGUGUACUUGUCUGCAUUUUCCUUUUUCCUUCUCUGCUUUCCUUUCCCUCCCGGUCUCCUUGUAGUCUUACCUUCAGAUACCCCACUCUAAGCUGUGAAGAGUGGGGUUUUGAAUAAACAUAAAAUGCUGAAGAGCUUGCUGCAGUAUUGGUACACUUGGCUGUGCGUGACUUCUUUCUGUCAACAAAAGAGAGACACCUCAAUGAAAGAUGCAUGAGAACAAGCAAAUAUUUUUCUGGUUGUCUAACUAGCUUAACACUUAUACUCUUAUAUAAGUUAAUGGAAACACUUAGGAGUUAAAUUGGGUUAAAUAUUGACACAAGUAGGAGAGCCACUGCUAAUAACCUUUUUUUUUCUGCCUUAAAUUAAUACUUGAAUUCAUUCCUGUAAUGUCAGAACAUAACUUGUUGCUGGUUUUGCAUUCAAGAAGAGCUGUACUGCACAGCAAAACAAAAUAAUUGUAGAUACCUUUUCCUGUGUUGCAGGUCUACUAUUUUUUGUAUCAUUAGAUAACUACCUGAUUUUACAUCACUGCGCUGUGAAUUGUAUUAGAGCAUAAGUUCAAGUAGCAUCUUCCAGAACAAAGAAAUUUUAAUCUGCUCUUUAAGUGAGAGUAAAACUACAUUACUGCAAUUUGUUGAUAUUUGGUGUCCAGCUAGCACUAGAAAUAACUAAAAACAGCUACUUCAUGAUCCACUGAACUUUCAUGAUGAGCACCUUCCCCACUCUGAAAGAAUAGGUACAUAAAGCUUGAUUAUUAAAAACCUACAGUUAGAACUUUAGUUUGAAAGUUUGAUCUGAAAGGCUAAAUUCUCGUUAUAUGCAGAGCCCAACCUGCAUUCGGACUAGUGGUAAGACUACACUGAAGUAGCAGCUAGUUCUUAUAUAAGGCUUUUUAUCCUCAGCUCUUCCAUAUGCCUUGCAACAGAGGUAGUUGCCAUUCAUAUGUGUUCCUUGGGGGGGAAAAAGAAGGCAAAAAGCUUGCUUUAAACUUGUAGAGAAGAGCAGGAUUAUGUGACUGCUGUAAGGGCAAAAGGAAAAUGGUGUGUAUGUCUAAAUCAGAUACUGAUUUUCCUGGGGGAAGACUUGCCUCUGAAUCUUCUAAUUAGGUUAUUUCUUAGGAAAUAUUCAGCAGAUGGAAAUGAAGGAGAGGAGAGUGGAAAGAAUUAAAUCUUAAUAUGUAUGUAAUCUUAAUUCAGCCUAUCUUUUUGAAUUACAGUCUUAAAGGUAUUUUUUAAUCUUGUCUACUGAGUUCAAGUACGACAUAAAGGAGGUGUUGACCUUCACUGAUUUAAAUAUAAAUGCAGUCCUGUAGUCAGGACAUUAUUGAGAGAGAGAUAUUUGAAUAAUGACUGACUGUUCCUUUUGUAGUUAGAUAUUUUCAUCUCUGCCUGUCCAGCUUUCCUAAUGCAGUUAGAAUAUUUUUAAGAAGAGAAGCCUCAAACUGAUGGUGAAUCAGACUCAGAGUUGGAAGAACACGGAGGUUUCAAGCCUUGAGUGACAGGCGCCUUACAAGAUUACCACAACUAAGCUGAGAAGGCAGUUGCAGCUCUGAGUACCAGGUUCACUGAGCUGGUGUAUGUACUGCACGUACAUGAAAGCGCACACGUUUUUGUCAUCGCAUAGACUGACUUUCACAUAUUCCUGAGAGCUUUGCAAUUGAUGAAAAUUAAUGUAAGUACCAGAUGGAGCACCUUUACAGCACAGGAAUUGGUAACCCAUGGAAAUACACCUGCCAGUAAUAUUCAACUUACUACAUGGUCUUCACAAGUGAAAAAAGUUUGCAAGAAGAGGAAGAAAAAACACCCUCCACACAGAAAAAGCCUAAGAAAUACCUCCACAAUCUAAAUCAAUAAUUGUGAGGGAAACAUAAGAAUACUGAGGGCGGAGGAAAGUGAUUUUGUUAUUGCAGGGGCAUAAUGUAUCGUCUUUGGCACGGUAUGCUUGGGGCUCAGUAGUUUCUGAAUGGACUAAUAAAUCGUGACUAUAUGUUGAGCGAUGAUGACUGAAAGUAAGUAAGCUGAGGAACUAUGGGACAAGUCUGGGCAUUGUACUGAAGAAUCCUCGUCAUCCUUCUUGAGUUAACCAGGUCAUCGUCUUGCAUAUUCUUUCUCCCUCUCCUUUUUCUUCUUUUCACUUAGUGUGAUACGCAUACUAAUUGAUUGAGCUCACAAAUGUUACUCAAAUAAAACGAUUGGAAUACUUCAUAUGUUUCCUUCUUGUACAGCUGCAAAUGUUGUGUCUGGAACUAUGAAUCUGUGCUGUAGACAAGCAUCAAGAAGGAAAGAUCCGAUAAAACAAGCAAGGAAAAUACGUAGAGAAAUAGUGAAACCAGGAAGUGAGAUUUUUAAUGCUGCUUCUCUUUCUUUUUUAGAUGAAUAUGUUUCUUCCUUCCUUGAAUUUUAGAAGAUUCUGAAAGAUUGCUUACUUGAUGUGCUUUAAUUCUGGCAUUUGUUUUUGGUAGGAUGAAAAGUCUGUGAUUCCUUGUAGCAGAAAAAAGGGAAAAGUAAAGGAAAAACAGCUUGACAUUUAAGCCUGUUUUGGAAGAGAGAGAACUUCACGGUUCACCUGAGGCAAACUUAUCUGCUUUAAAAGCUAAAAGCUUUGGAGCAUUUUUGAUUCCGCUAUAAAUGAAGAGGGGGUUUCUUUGUCAUUCGUGUGUGGCAGCAAAAAGUGGGAAAGCAGGCAAGAUAGCGUGAUAAACGGUUCAGGCUCUGUUGGGUCUCUGGUGGAAAAAAAGUGCUGCGAUGAAAAUUGGAUUGGCUUUGGAUUGCAAAAACGUUUGAAUCCAACGAGCAGUUCAGUACCAAGAGGGAUUUCCCAUCUGGCCUGGCACACCAGUGCCUGCACAAGUUUGGGUCUGUUGUUUUGCACGGUUUGUGUGCCUUUUUUUUCCCUUUAUGCAAUCUCUUUCAGCUUUAGCAGCAGAAAUACGUCAGAUGGAAAAGAUAUGCCAGAGGGCAGCUUGGAAAAGAUGAAUGUCAUAUAUAUACAUAUGUAUGUGCGUGUGUUUAAAUUUCUGCAACUGAACUUUUGAAGAAAAUCUGACUGGAGGAAAUCUUAAAAGCCUUAAGUUACUUGAAACCUACACAUUUGCAACUCUUUGUCUCUGGAAUUGCAUUACGCUAAACUGGAAUCUCAGGCUGUAUAAAGAUUAUAUCAAGUUGAGCAAAAAGAUGACUUAACCAUUUCUUGAGCGCCUCUUACGAAGUAGCUGUCUCUCCAAAGGAUAAGUGCACCCUCACUCUACAGACUCAGAAACAAAAAAUGAACCUGAAUUUUUUUUUAAGUGUUACUUUUUCUUAGCCAACUGCCAUCAUCUUUUAUAGAGGAAUUUUUCACUAUGCAUUUGGUGGAUAUUUAUAAACACUGACCCCAUCCUCCUCCCUUUCAAUGAUCUAUCCCAGGUCAGUCUUAUCAAUAAAAAACAAAAAAAUUGGUUUAAAUUUUGUGCGCUAGACACAUUACUUUCCUAUGUCAAAAAAUAAAAUAUUUAAAAAGCAUGUAUGCAGCAGUGGAACAUGGGCCUGUUCUUUGCAGCGACUCCAACAUCCUCUGCCUCUCCUGGAAAGGGAGAGUUCCCAAAAGUGAGAAGGAGAAACCCGUGUGCAGGCGGCGGUACUAUGAGGAAGGCUGGUUGGCAACAGGCAAUGGCAGAGGAGUUGUAGGCGUCACUUUUACUUCCAGCCAUUGCAGGAGGGACCGGAACACCCCUCAGAGAAUCAACUUCAAUUUGAGGGGCCACAACAGCGAGGUUGUGCUGGUUAGAUGGAAUGAACCGUUUCAGAAAUUAGCGACUUGUGAUGCAGAUGGAGGAAUAUUUGUUUGGAUACAAUAUGAAGGCAGAUGGUCUGUGGAGCUUGUUAAUGAUCGUGGGGCACAGGUAAGCGACUUUACGUGGAGCCAUGAUGGGACUCAAGCACUUAUCUCCUAUAGAGAUGGAUUUGUGCUGGUUGGUUCAGUCAGCGGACAAAGACACUGGUCUUCAGAAAUAAACUUGGAGAGUCAGAUCACGUGUGGCAUAUGGACUCCCGAUGACCAACAGGUACUGUUUGGCACUGCUGAUGGUCAGGUUAUCGUCAUGGACUGCCAUGGGCGAAUGCUGGCCCAUGUGCUCCUUCAUGAAUCAGAUGGCAUCCUCAGCAUGUCCUGGAACUACCCCAGCUUCCUGGUGGAGGACAGCAGUGAGAGCGACACAGAUUCUGACGACUAUUCCCCACCACAGGAUGGACCAGCUACAUAUCCAGUCCCGGUGCAGAACACCAAGCCGCUAUUGACCGUCAGCUUCACGUCAGGAGACAUCAGUUUAAUGAACAAUUAUGAUGACUUGUCUCCUACUAUCAUCCGCUCAGGGUUGAAAGAUGUGGUGGUACAGUGGUGUACGCAAGGAGACCUACUUGCAGUAGCAGGGAUGGAGAAACAGUGUCAGCUCGUUGAACUUGGCAAUGGUUCUCUGUUGAAAAGUGCACUUGUCAAGUUCUACAACGUGCGUGGGGAACACAUCUACACUCUGGAGACACCUGUGCAGCGUCCCAUCAUCUCGAUCUGCUGGGGUCACAGGGAUUCGCGCCUGCUGAUGGCUUCUGGGCCUGCAUUAUAUGUUGUCAGAGUAGAGCAUAGGGUCUCCAGCCUGCAGCUUCUGUGCCAGCAGACCAUUGCUAGCUGUCUGCGGGAUGACAAGGAUAUCAGCAAACUCACCCUGCCCCCUCGGCUCUGUUCAUACCUCACCACUGCCUUCAUACCAACAAUCAAGCCUCCUAUCCCAGAUCCAAACAAUAUGAGAGAUUUUGUCAGCUACCCAACAGCUGGCAACGAACGUCUUCAUUGCACGAUGAAGCGGACAGAAGAUGACCCAGAGGUUGGUGGUCCAUGUUAUACUCUGUACUUGGAAUAUCUUGGGGGAUUGGUGCCCAUCCUGAAAGGACGUCGUAUCAGCAAGUUGAGGCCAGAGUUUGUCAUCAUGGAUCCUAAAACAGAUGGAAAAGCAGAUGAAAUCUAUGGAAACAGCUUGAUUUCCACUGUGAUUGACAGCUGCAACUGCUCUGACUCCAGCGAUAUCGAACUGAGUGAUGAUUGGGCAGCAAAGAAAUCUCCCAAAAUCAGUCGAGCUAGCAAAUCACCCAAACUCCCCAGAAUCAAUAUAGAGGCUCGCAAAUCUCCAAAGAUGUCACGAGCUGCACAGGAGAUAUCAAGAUCACCAAGGUUACCAAUAAGGAAACCUUCUAUUGGUUCACCAAGCCUAACCCGAAGAGAGUUUCCUUUAGAAGAUAUUACUCAGCACAACUACCUUGCUCAGGUCACAUCUAACAUCUGGGGAACCAAAUUUAAAAUUGUGGGUUUGGCUGCUUUCCUACCAACUAAUCUUGGUGCAGUAAUAUAUAAAACCAGUUUGCUGCAUCUUCAGCCCAGGCAGAUGACAAUAUAUCUUCCAGAAGUGCGAAAGAUUUCAAUGGACUACAUUAACCUGCCUGUCUUUAAUCCAAACGUUUUCAGUGAAGAUGAAGAUGAUUUACCAGUGCCUGGAGCUCCAGGUGCCCCUGCCAGCAGCCCGCCCUGCACCGUCAACAUCCCCAUCGCCCCCAUCCAUAGCUCAGCCCAGGCCAUGUCACCCACACAGAGCAUCGGCCUGGUCCAGUCGCUGCUGGCCAACCAGAACGUGCAGCUGGAUGUGCUGGCCAACCCUCCGGCUGAGACAGGGGGUGAGGGGCCAGGACCCUUUCCAGGGGCACCGAGCCGAUUCCCUGGCCCUGGGGCAGUGGCACCAACUGGGGGAGACGUGGCCCGCACUGUCCCUUUACCUCCCACUAUUGCCCCACCACCCCCUGCCAUCGCCCUUGCUGACCUCCGGGACCACGGUGACCGUGAACACGAGCCCCCGCUCAAGGCCAAGCCCCCGCGUCCAGGACCGGGACCGCAGCUGGUGGAGAGUGAUGCUGUCAUCUUUGGGGCCGCUCAGGAGCUGCAGCUGAACAAGAUGAACCCCCCGCCACCCUACCCUGGCACUGUUCCCACGGCCGCCCCCCCGCCACCCCCGCCUGUCCCCCCACCUCCGCCCCUCGACCUCUGCCUGAAAAAGGGGGAGUUCUCCCUUUACCCUGCCGGGCACUACCAGCCGCCCCUGGGGUACGAGCGGAUAACAACAUUCGACAGCAGCGGGAACGUAGAGGAGGUGUGCCGACCUCGUACCCGCAUGCUCUGUGGCCAGGGCACCUACACCCUGCCAGGGCCUGGCAGCUCUGCCACUUUACGCAUCACCGCUGCUGAGAAGAAGAUGCAGCAACCCUGCACCAGUGCCACCCUGAACCGGCUGACGGUUCCCCGUUACUCCAUCCCCACUGGGGACCCACCACCCUACCCCGACAUUGCCAGCCAGCUGUCACAGGGCAGGAGCAUUGCCCAGAGGCUGGACAGCAGUAUCAUCCAUGCUACUUUGCGGAGGAAUAGUAGGGAGGCAGCGCUGAAAAUGGCCCAGUUGGUGGACAGUCAGAGAGCCACCUUGCAGCUUCCCCCAAAAGCCAAGAGCAGCGUUGUGACGGCACAGUACCAGCAGAGAGUACCCACCGCUUUGUACACCUGCAGCCAGUGCAGCAGUAGCGGUGGCAGCAGCACCACGAGUGCUGGUGGUGUGGGCAACAUCACUAAUGCCAACUCUGGCAGCAGCACCUCCAGCAUGGGUGGCAUGAGACCUGAUCUGAGCACGGGGAGUGGCUCCCAGCACAGCUCUGUCAUCGCUCACUCUGUCAGUACAUCGCCUUUGGCCUCCCAGUCCUCCUACAACUUGCUGAGCCCACCUGACAAUUCCCGUGACCGGGCAGAUUACAUAAACUCUGCCUUUACGGAGGAUGAAGCCCUUUCUCAGCACUGUCCAGUGGAAAAAUCGAUACGGCACGUACCUGUGGCCUUGACAGAAGCUGCCAUCAGUGUAAAACGGCCACCGCCGUACCAGUGGGACCCUAUGGUGAGCGAAGAGAUAUGGGUUCCUCAGGAAAGGACAUCUCAGAGCUCUAUACCCAACCCUUUAAAACCAGCUCCUCUCAUCAUCGGUCAGACUCAGCAUCUGGAUAUGUCUCGAAUGCCAUUUGUCUCCCCUAAGUCCCCAACCAGUCCCACUGCCACUUUCCAGACAAGUUACGGGGUCGGAGUACCGUACCCAGGAAGCUACAGCGCCCCUCCCCUUCAGGGAAUGCAGCCCCCGUGCUCCCCCAAAGAAGCUCUGGCCCCAACGCAGUUUGCACAGCAGGAGCCCACAGUAGUGCUUCAACCAGGUUAUCCACCCAACCUCUCCUAUUGCCCUUUGCCACCCAUGUAUCCGGGAAGUAGCGCCUGCUCUAGUUUACAGCUGCCACCGAUAGCCUUGCACCCAUGGAGCUCCUACAGCGCAUGCCCACCGGUGCAGAAUCCCCAGGGCACUCUGCCUCCAAAGCCGCUCCUCGUGGUGGAGAAGCCGGUUAUGUCUCCCCCACCAACCGAGCUUCAGGGCCAUGUGGGUACAGAGGUGAUGGUGGAGACGGCGGACACCUUCCAGGAGGUGCUCUCCUUGACAGAAAGCCCUGUUCCUCAAAGGACAGACAAAUUCGGCAAGAAGAGCCGGAAGCGGCUGGAUAGUCGCGCUGAGGAAGGAAACGUGCAGGCUAUCACCGAGGGCAAGGUCAAAAAGGACUCGAGGACACUGACUGACUUCAAUUCGCUAAUAUCCAGCCCGAGGCUGGGCAGAGAGAAGAAGAAAGUCAAGAGCCAGAAAGACCAGCUCAAGUCCAAGAAGCUGAAUAAGACAAAUGAAUUUCAGGAUAGUUCAGAGAGUGAGCCGGAGCUUUUUAUCAGUGGGGAUGAACUGAUGAACCAGAGUCAGGGCAGCAAAAAGGGUUGGAAAACCAAAAGGAAUUUGAGGACAGCCAGUGAGCUGGAUGAGUUCAAGUGCCGUAAGGCCAGCGAGAAGGAGGACGGGAGGCUGGGGAGCCAGGGCUUUGUGUACGUGAUGGCCAACAAGCAGCCGCUGUGGAACGAGGCAACGCAAGUCUACCAGCUGGACUUUGGAGGGCGAGUGACCCAGGAGUCGGCAAAAAACUUCCAGAUUGAGCUGGAAGGACGGCAGGUGAUGCAGUUCGGAAGGAUUGAUGGCAAUGCUUACAUUUUGGACUUUCAGUAUCCAUUUUCUGCAGUGCAGGCCUUUGCUGUUGCUCUGGCUAAUGUGACUCAACGCCUCAAAUGAACAAGCAGAAACCUGGAGAGAGGAAAAUGUUAUCAAAACCUUCUCACAGAGUCCAAACUGGAAAAUGUCGGGGCAGCCCACGUUAGGUGCGCCGAGGUGCCUGGGAGCGAAGAAGGCCGUAAAACUGGAAAAGUCUCUUAGUGCCCAACUGAAGGGCAUUAACUCUAAUCAGUCAUGGGGUGGAGGGUGGGGGGCUUAAUUCUCUUUUGUUUGUUUGUUUGUUUGUUUGUUUUCAGGUGUUUUCUUUUUUUAAAGCAUUGUGCUGGGUUUCAGAAAGAGCAAAGGGUUGAGAGCCAUUCAGUGUUAUGUGGAGAAGUGUGGCUUUUGGCUUGUUGUGAUGGUUCUGCUGUGUUUGCUACAAUAGCUGAUGUAAGCUCGUAGAGGGAUUAAAAAAGACUGCUCUUUUUGAUAGACUGCCUUAUAUCAUGCUGUUCUUUUUAAAACAGGGAACAUAACUUUUUUUCUGGUCCAGUUUGUACUACUACUACUACAUCAAUGAUAGCAGCAAAAAAAGAAAAAAAAAAAAAAAGAAAAGAAAAAAGAAGCUAUAAUACUUGAAGACACGUGUUUCUUCUCUGAUCUCUGAUAAUAACUGAGUACCACAAGUUCCAGGGAGGCUUCUGUAGGUCAAUAAUUAAUUUAUACAUAACGAUGUGUUACUCAGAAGAGAAACAAAACUGUUACCAAUGGGUGGUUUUAAAACUCAGUGUAUCAAAUAAGUUGAUGUCUGCUUGUUUUGUGUGCUGUUACUGGGGAUAAACAUCUUUCGUUGGGUGACAGAAAAGAGGGAAGAAAAUAAUUAUGAGCAUUCCUUCUUUGCUCAUGUUGAUCAGCAGUAUUCUUCAGUUUGGCCAGCAGCUGGGAGAGGUACAGUUGUGACCAGAUGUACCUCCAAGGCCAUGCCUAUACAUUCUCCUCAUUUAAAUGUGUUUACACUUUAUAAACAGAGUCAUUCAAGUGAAUGAGAAGGCCCAAUGUAUUCGUCUUCUUAGUAAUCAAUAGGAAUCAAGUUCCACAACAUUGUAUCUGUGCUAAAAUUAGGAAGGAGACAGAAGUAUAGCAAGUCAUUACAGGAAGCAAUUUCAUCAGGAAACCAAUUUCGUUACAGGGAACAACAUUGUGGCUGGCCAGAGGACAAAUAAGUUAAAAGUGGAAGGAAAAAUUGGACAGAAUUACUCCUUUUAUCACCAUUACUACUUGAGUAGUUCUUGUGACUGUAGUUUGUGAAUAUGCUGCUCCAGGUAAGAGUGGCAAGCCAAAGUUUAAAUGGAGCGUUACAGGGAAUGGCUUAUUGACAGGAGGACAGCUUGUUCUGGCUAAAGUUUUGUUUCUGGUGGACAUGCAGACCUGCUGACCAUUUAGAAGGGUUGCUUGCACAGAAGGUUUUCUGUGUUGUCCAUCUUUGUGUAUGUAUUUCUUCACUUUCUCUCUUUCCUCCUUGCCUGCAUUUUGCUAUAGAAUACGUUCUGGUAUGGAAACAGUUUCCACAGUAAUACAUAAAAACUGUAAUUAUUCCUGUAAUUGUUUGGACAUUAGAUUACUAAACAUAACUGCAGAUUUCCUUCAGAAAUUAUUCUUUUGAUGUGAAAGGCACGCUGAGGAAGAUGUUAGUUGAGAUGUUAAUGGCUGCUUUGUCUUUCAUCCAGUUUAACUCUUUACUUGAAAAGCUGUAUAACAUGAGAUAAACAGAUGUGAUUUUAUCUCUCUUUUUGAAAAUUCAAGUGGUAAGGCAGUUCUCUUUUGUAUUUAAUUCAUUCUAGAGGAACAUACCACGUAAGAGAGGACCCUGCUGUAGCAGAGCUUACCAGAAUGCAGUGAGCUAGAAACUUCUGCUCUGCUGACACUUGUAAAGCAAUACAGCACAGAGGGAAUAAUAAACAUCAGUCAGAGAGGAGUUUGGGAGCUGCUAAGAGAGACUAUGAGGCAGAUCAUCCACAGGUAAAGUAUCGCAGGGUGAGUCUAGGAAGAACCCUUUGCAAAGUGGUUUCCUUGGAAAGAACAGUUAGAGGUAGGAAGGAAGGAAGGAAGGGCAAUAGAUGGCACCAUGCCUGUAUGAUCCCAGAGUUCAGCAGCUUCUGCUUACAUGUCAGGCACAACGUUCCCCUUGGCAUUUAACAGACUUCAUUUGCUUCAAUUAAUUUUGUUGAAUUUCUCUAUGUUAUCUGGGCCUAUUUGUAUUUCUUCUCAUGUGCAUUACUUAUUCGGCUGCUUGCAUGCCCGUAUGUGUAAUGUGUGUGGGAUGAAGGAACUGGAAUGGUUUGGUCCUGUUCCCUUUAAAAUCUGUGGAAGUUUUUCCCUUUGAUUUUUAUAAAGGAAGCACGAUUGAGCCAUUUGUCCACGUCGAGUUACACUCUGUGCAAACAGUCAAUUGAAUUCUCAGGUCUGCUGCUUUCAAUGUGUGAGGAGGAAAGUUGGCAGAUUAGUGUCCUUUCCUACCCAAAAGUCUGUGCUUACCAGUCCUACCCAAAUUAGAAUACAGCGGACAUAUGCUGAACACCAUAGAUAAGAAACAUAUAAUGACAUGCUCACUGUCUGGGAGAAGGGCGACUCAUUCACAUUAGAAAUCUUCAGCUGAAAGGAACAUUGCCUGUAGUUUUAAGUCGAAAUUGUUACCACAUGCAAAGAGCAUCAGUGUGUUGGUUUUUUUUUUUUCUGAACAUCUGGUCUAAUUAGAAGAACUUCUGUGUGCAGCUUCUUUAACACUCCAUGGAACAGUAUUCCUCUUCACUUGAUUCAUAAGCAAUUUUUUCAAACUAUAAGUAGUUUUCUACUAACGCAUAACCACAAAUCGCAAACAGAUAUAACAGGUAACAGCAUUAGUAACUUGGUUCCGUUGGCCAAGCCUGUGAUUGCAUCGUUCUGGUGGCUUCUGCCCAAACAAAGCACAAGGAAUAACCAUCAUAAAUCAGGAAAGUAUACGCAAUUUCCAGCCUUCCUGUUUAUUUGUCAGAUGUUCUAAGUUACUCUUCUGUCUUUUUGAAAAUACUUUGACAGAGUCUCUAAAGGGAAUUAAAACUGAGGUUUUUAAUGGUUCAGAGAAUGAGAGAUAGAAGCUACUCUCAAAUAAGUUGAGUUGUAAUGAAAGAAGUGGAAGUGGUGUAAAUUCUGAGAGUGAAACUGGACCCUAAGUUGUACAGAGAACAAGUAAAAGCAACAGUUCUUUUGUUUUUCAUUGAGAUAUGACAUAAGACACAAAUUCAAAAGCCCCCCACAAAAUAAUCACUUAAAUCCCGAAGAUCGCUGUUGCGUUCAGCCAAAAGAUAGGUUUUACACUUUACAUUUAAUUUGUAAGAUCCAACUUUUCUGUAGAUAACUACAUUCUUCUAGGAAGAAUGUAGCAAUGUAUUCAAAAGUAUGUUCUUCUUUUAUACACACAGUGAUUUCCAGAAUAUGUUCUUCCAAAGCUUUUUUUUUCUUUCACUUGUGCAAUAGUUGUGACAGUCUGGGGGCUUUGUGGGUUUUUUCUUGGUUAUUUGUUUUAUUUUGCUGUUUUUCUUUAUUUCUUUAUUUUCUUUUAUCUUUUUUUGUUUGUUUGUUUUUGUUUUUUAGGGAGCUCUGAGUGAUUUUUUAAAGAUAAUUUAAUGCAGAUUUCUUGUUAACAUCCAAAAGGCAAACUAUUUAUCUUGUGUAAUGUAAUAAGUGAUUAAGGGAUUAUUUUAUUUCUAUGUAUCAGUGAGUUAUACACACUUUAUUAUUUAUAUUUAAAGAGCAUAUUUGUAAGUAAUUGUAUGUUUUGCUGCAAGAAGUUCAAAGUGUAUAUAGGAAGACUUGGUUUUGUGGACUCGUAUGCAAAAUUUCAUCUUUCAGGCAGGCAGAAAUAUUUUGGUAUAUCUAAAAGCAGUGAGUUUGCUUUGAAGGUCUGUGUAGACUACAAAGAAUGUAGAUGACUUCCUUGGGACCUGCAGAAAUCUGUCCUCCACUGUAUGUUUCCCUCCUUUGUUUUGAACUACAUAUUUCAAUUGGGAGUGCUUUUAAAAACUACAAAGCCUUCCCUCCUGUUUAGUACAGUGCUUUUUCUCUAGAUAUAAGAUAGGCUGGCUUGUGUGAUAAAAGAGGGUAUAAAAAUAUAGUCUCAGUUUGUAAGUUCAUUGUAUAGCCUGGUAGUGGCAUACUUCAGUGCUGUGCACUAGCAAGCCAGCUUGGUAUGAGCUAGAUGAGGCACGAGAAAGAGUACAGCAGUAAACGUGCUUUUCUCUACUCAGGCUAAUGCACUCCUUCAGCAGGGCUCAGCUGGUUCCAGCACAGCCGUAAUGCUUCUGAUACCUGAGCUGGUGCUGCAUGGAGCUGGUUGAGCUGAGUCCUGACCUCUGUCUGUGGCACCUUCUCUUCUUCGAGGUGCUCCUCCACUGAGACACGGUGGAGACGGCAUUCCUUCUCUCUUCUUUCCAGGUUAGCUCCAAGAGCAGCAUGCAGCUGCCAGAGAGUUUGCCUGCAGCAGCUUUAAGCAGAGAAAGCCCCGAUGUCCGCUGGUGGUUGUGUGGAAUCUGCUCCCCUUAAGGUGCAAAGACGUGCAAUAGAGAACCUGAUUCAUUUAGAAAAUACAGCUGAUACCCUCAAAAUAAAGCUCCUAACAGAGUCUGUAAAUUGGCACUUAAAUUCUUUUAUGAUAUGCACCAUGCACGGAGUGAUCAGUUUUAUCUUGAAGAAGUGAAAAUGUUGCAUUUCUGCUAUGCAAGUAUGGGAGAGAGAGAUGAAAGAGUUACAAAAAGGAUUUUCAUCAUAAUAGUUUUGCACUGAGUUCCAGAGGCAGCAGAAAGAGGUGCCAUGGGCUGCUUGAUCUUGGUUGUAUGACAGUCAAUCUGCACGUAGGUUCAUCUCAGUUAGAUAAAUCUUCCAUGUUGCAGCCACAGAAAAAAUAGUUGUACAUUUCUCUCUCUAGUUUUGUCCCAUUGUUUUUAUGAAGAUACACAAAGCCUUGAGCCUGGACAGUCUGACUUUCCCUCACAUGUCUUUGUUUGGUUUUUUUUUGGUCUAAGAAAUUCCAGACAAAUGUGGGAGCUUGCCUGGUUGUUGCCUCAGACAAUUUCUGUGCAUUUGCAGCCUGAUGUGUGUUACCUUAUGUUAUCUUGGUGCCCUUUUACCUGUCAGCAACACUUUAAAUCCACGUGCAAAAACUGAUUUGAGUGAAAGAGAAGGCAGGGUACAUUUUUACUGGCUUUUAGGAAUGUGUUUGCCAGAGCAACAGUUUGGAAAUCACACAUUUCUGCAGAUCCCAAAUGACUCCAGGGCAGUAAAUCUGACCUGAGGGUUAGCAACAGAUGAGCCGUUUGCAUGGCAUGCUGACAAAGGGCCAGCUUCUUGCCUCACCAGGUUAAACCAACGUACCUAAGAGUGGAAUCGCAACCAAAAUGCACUUCGCCAUCGCUGCGUGAUUAUAAGGUAAGAAUGACAGACUUGACCUGUAUAUCCAUUUAAAACAACUGUACAGCAUUAACGAACAGCUAUACUGACAGUUCUGUGUAAACUCCCCCGAAGCACUCUGGAAGUAAAAUGGCAGCCACAAAGCAGUCAUACAAGAAUUUUGCCUUAUUGUUCUCAUUUCUAGGACUCCAACGCAGGAGAGCAAGCUGUUUAUGUGAUUUAGAGGUUGGUGUAAUGGUUUCCCCAGUAUACAAGGGCAAAUAAUAUAGUGCUGACAAAAAUGGAAUAAUUCUGGUAGAGGAAUUUUUCCAUUUUUAAGUCCCUUCACCUUCACAGCAAGCACAAUCCCCCACCAGCAGAUACUGGCAUAGAGCUCUAUUACCCUCAGGAGUAUUCUGCAGGUAGGGACCACAGUCCUAUUUGCAAGGUUAGAAGUUACGUGCAUCAUUCUCGAAGGAAUAAGGUUCAUUACUGCUUGUGAAGGUUGGCUAUGCAAAUGAUUAUUUCAUAUUUACUCAAUUCUUCAAAAAAAAUCCUGCAGAGAUGUUUUAAGAUUAAAAGAUGCAGUUUUGCACGUUGCCUGGUACUUCUGGAGAUGUAUGAGGAGAACAUUUCUUUGGGCAGUUGGAUUGUUGCUGCAUGUAGGAAAUGAGGAUUUUAACAGAAAAAAACAAUUAACCAAAUAAGAGGAUGAAAAAGGAUUCAGUGAAGCAGUUCUUGAUACAAAAAUUAAAAACUUCACCCUUCAACUUUUGAUUUUGCAAAUGAAUUUAUAAUGAGAAGUUUGUUCUUCAGGGCAAACUGAUUGUUAUGAAGCUCUGUGCAAGUGCGUAGGUUUGCUGAUCUGGAGCUGACUGCAGGAUCAAAACAACAUGAUUUUGUGAGAUUGGAAAAUAAAUAAAUGAAAAUCUGAAUACUUACUUAUACAAAGAUUUCAAUAAAGAAAUUAAAUGGUAUGAUGCCUUCCAGUGCCUGGAGGGGGCCUACAGAAAAGCUGGGGAGGGACUUCUUAUAAGGGCAUGUAGCAACGGGACGAGGGAAAAUGGCUUUAAAAUGGAAGAGGGUAGACUUAGGCUGGAUAUUAGGAAGAAAUUCUUUACUGUGAGGGUUGUGAGACACUGGAACAGGUUGCCUAGAGAGGUAGUGGAUGCCCCCUCCCUGCAAGCAUUCAAGGCUGGGCUGGAUGGGGCUCUGAGCAAUCUGGUCUAGAGGGAGGUGUCCCUGCCUACAGCAGGGGGUUGGAACUAGAUGAUCUUAAAGGUCCCUUCCAAGCCAAACCAUUCUGUGAUUCUAUGAUGUUCAAGUGUGCCAGGUCAUUCUGAAUCUUUGCCCCCCCAUUUAAAUAACUACAGAUUUCAAAAUACUGUCUGAUUCAGCAAUUCUGAAUCCUGACAAAUGUCAUCUACUUGCAGAGUAGUUUUCUUACUGUCCAAAUAAAUGGUUGGUUCUGGUAAUAUGAAUUAAGAUUAAAGUAACAAUAAAAGAGAAACAUACCAGUGUGCAGACACCUGAGUUUCAAGUAUUUAAUCAGGAUAGAGCUCAGCUUGUAAUUCCUGCCUGUUCUGUUUCAAACUAUUUGUUCAAAACUACCAUAAUUUUCCCUUCAUUUCUUUUGUUUGCUUUAUACAUGUUCUGCCUUUGAUUUCCCUUCACUUCACUGCUUCUGCAUUUGUUUCUUCAUUUUCUGUGUUGUGCAUUUGGGGAAGGGUUUGUCUGUUCAAGAUCUCGUUGUUUGUUGUAGAUAAAGUAUAUGGUGUUGUGGAAUAGCAUGGAGAUGCAUUUGAUUGAAAAGGCACGUAGUGUUUCCUGAAAAAGUAAGGGAGUUGCAUUUGUUUAUAAAAUGCGUUAUUUUGGUACCAUAACUUUGAACAUGAUUCUGGAUUUUAUUUUUUUUAUUUAAUUUAAUGAGCAUAUACAGUCAUGCAGGUGCACGCGUUCUUAAGCUAGCAAGCCCAGCAUGUUUUUCUUAAUGCUUUUGGAAAUUGGUACACAGUUUGUGUACUUUUACAUGUUUUACAUGGGUUUUUUUUUGUUGUUGUUUUUGGUUUUUUUUUUAGUAAAUUUUGGGGGAAUCUCAUGUUUUCUCUUUUUUUUUUCUUUCCUCCUCAGUGUACCAUGGUAUACCUGGUUUCCACUGUACUUAAAAACAUACCUUGAUCUGCCUCUCCUUUUAUGUAUCUUGUGUAAUAGAUUUUGCAGGAGGUGCCUAGAAAGCAUUGUUGGUUUCCCUAUAAAAAUGUGGUUUGUCCAAAUUCUUUACUGUCUACAUGAUUGGCAGAUUGACUCAUUGCCCUAUUUUUCCUUGAUGAUUUGGAGUUGUAAGAGUUGUCCAGCUGUUGCUUAAUAAAAUUUUGCAGACUAGAAAA